UACCUAAAAUAAUGGAGUGUGGGACGAGGCUCUUGGCGGAUCUGGGGCGCCUUCUCGACAGCGAUCCCGAAAUCGACGAGCUGGGAUUCCUCCUGCCGUCGCAAUUGGCGCAGCUCCACGAUCUUCCAGCUGAUACAGUCGAGAUCUCGUUUGCCGCCGCUGACACUGAUCCGAACGCUGGAGAGGGAUCCAAGAGCCCCUGCGAUGGCGCUGGCGCUGGGGAGUACUGUGAGGCUUCUUGGUUUUGGCUGCGAGAUCACAAGCUAGGGAUCGCAGUGAACGCUUUGAGGCCGCUCUACACUGAAGCACAGGCGGUGUUCUCGGCAUUGCGAGCGGAAGAAAAACAGUGCGGAAGGCAGGAAAAUGGCUUCUCGAAGGAAGAAAGUUUGCUCAAGGUCACAAGAGCACUCCUGAUUGUCAACUCGGAUUACUCGACCGCUUGGAACACCAGGAAACGUGUUCUUGGCAAGUCGAGCUUUUCUCAGUCAGGAAUGAUCAGUGAGCUACGACUAUCCAGUCUUGUCUUGACGUAUGCUCCAAAAAGUGAGGAAGCGUGGGCUCAUCGGAGGUGGGCAUUAAACAAAAUAUUCUCCUCCACUUCCAGCCAAAGCGAUGGCAUCAUUGACUCUGAAUCCAAACAUGUUGAUGCGAUUGUCGAGAGAUCUCCGAUGAACUACCGUGCUUGGAGACACCGUUGCUGGCUUAUCUCCUUCAUGAAGUUCCCUCGAAUAGAGCUGGAGUUGAAAUCCCGGGAUUCGUACCGGUGUACAGAUAACUGUUUUUUCCACUAUCGCAGGUCCAUGCUGCAACAUCUAAUUUGGAGACAACACGAAUUUUACCUGAGCUGGAGGGAAUUGGCCUCGAUGUGGAAGGAGGAGCUCAAGGGGAACGCUGAAUCAAUUAAAGACAUGUCCUUCGGGAAUGAGGCUCUAUGGAUUCACAGACGGUUUCUGGCUCACGGGCUGCUGACUUAUAACGAGCUUUUCAACGAAUUCAAAGUUGAACGCCCUCGGGAUAAGGAGGUUCACGGAAAGCACGUCUUGUUCAUUUUAAACGAGCUUGAGCUUGCAAAAGAAGCGGACACAGGCGAGCAUUCUUGCAGCUACAAACUGUGGCUCCUCUUUGUGUUUCGGAGGAAGCAUGAUUCUAAAGAGGUUGAAAAUUUGCUCCUGGAGGAAAGCAGCGCUGCUGCCGCGAGUACGCCUCAGAAGGAGAGCCUGUGGAAAGGUGUCAAAGGGUCGUGCAACUUUUUGAAAUGAGGCUGUUGGCGGUACAUGAUUUCCUGGAUAGGAUUAUAACAAACUCGAUCUAAAGCAUUAUCGAUCGUUCUUAUAACAUACUCUUGCUUUU